AUGGAUCUUUCUGAAGACGCAAAACGCCAGAAACUUGUGGAGGACUACUUCACUCAAGGAGAUUACAUCAACGCCUUGGGGGUAAUCGAAGACUCGAUUUCAGAACGUGGGAUACAGAAACUCCCCAGAGCGUUGAAUUUCAUCGAAGGCUCUGUUUUGUUUGAGCAAGGGAAGAAAACAGAGCACAUCGGCUUAAAGUUGGCGUUUUUGUUAAGCUCUGUGGAAUGCUAUACGGUGGAUCCUGGUGUACACGCUUACGCUGCAAUGGCAUUGCUUGAAUUGGCCAAACAUCUCGACUCGGCAUUGUAUUACAGGAAAGCCAAGAAAGCUGCGGAAUCGAAUUUGUCAUUUCUUGCUUCUUUUGAUCGGUUGAGUCUGGACGAGGAAGAUACAAAACGCACACUCGAGAGCGUACUCCAAGUGGCAGAGUCAAAGAUCCUACUUGGUGUUACUGGUAAAAUCUCUGAGCCAAACGUUAGGGAGGCAGAGAAUGUUCGAGUUGUGGAUGCUGUUGCAGGCAAAAGACUGAAGUCGUAUUGGGCUGGUAUGGGUGCUGAGAGUAAGAAGAAGUUUCUGAGAGUAAGCAUCGCAGAGCUUACAAGUUAUGUUGAGGGAUUGUUUGGUAGAGAAGGAGAAGAAGAGUGGGAGCAAGUUCUUGAUUCUGCAAGGAGGAACAAGAAGUGGAGAUUCUGGAUGUGCCGAACUUGUUCGCUUAAGUUCUUUCAUCACAAGAAGUUUAAGAACCAUCUCGAGCAAGCACAUGCCGCGAAGUUUAAACCUUCAACGACGAAGCAUAUGGCUCAGAGGGUGGAUGAAGUGUGGGCUGGUAUGCUAUCAUCGGCUGCAGCAGAAUGGGAACCAGUUGAUACAGUAGCUGCUGGUGAGAUGAUCAAGACUCGGCUCGAGCUUGUGAAAGCGUUUGUGUAUGAGAAUGGAUGGUCCAGAGACUGGCCUUUAGCUGCAGAUGGAGAGCGCAGGAAGCUGCUCAAGCAAAUCCAGUUGCUUCUUGUGUUGCUUCGAGAGCGGAAGAUUCUUUCUUGUGGCGUUCGAGACUGGAUGAUGCAGCUUCUGAUUAAGCAUCUUGCAGAGUUUGAAGUCUCCGAGCAUACUGUUACUACCGAGUGUCGCAUAGUGGAAAGACCUCAGAGUAUUUGCUUUCUGGAAUGUCGUGAGCUCAAUCAGAUUAUAGACCUUCUCAAGCUCAUCAAGUGUAAAAGAGAUGAUGGUGGAUAUCUGGUUAGCAGAGAAGUGGAGAGUUUAUGGCGUCGUGCUCGAGUUAAGGAGAAGAUCGAAAUCGAUGAUCAGUUUUCAUAUAUGCUUGUGGAUAAGAGACUGCUGAGAGACGAGAUUGCUUCGUUCGAUGAUGAAGGAGCAAUAGAUUUUUGUGGUCAGGAUGUUUACUACGCCAAGACACAUCCUCAGGGAGAUGACAUCAUAACCUGGUUACUUGAUUUUUCUCUGGAGUAUGAGAGCUUUGAGUUUCCCAAAUCUAUCAGGGCAUACAAUCUUGAUGUAUGGGUGGCUGUUCUGAGAGCCAUUCACUUCACGUGUAGGGAUGUGGGAGCCAAAUAUGCAAAGAAGUUGAGUAUCUUAGGUUAUGACGCAGGUCUUAUUGACGCCAUAAACCUAUGUGUAUGCGAAAAUAAGAGGAGAAGCGAUAUCCCGGAACAUCAAUGGAACUCAUAUGCAUCUCUUCUAGGCGAUGAGUGUGAAGAGCGUUUAACAAACGACUCUGAAUGUUCUCUCAACACACGCCUGUUCUUGUGUGCAGUGCGAGAUGUUCUUGAAGGAGCAGCGCAUCCGGCAUUUGAUUUCGCCGAUCUAGAAGACUGCCUGAAACUUAUACAUGGACACAAAAAUCUCAGUGAUGAUAUAGUGUUGGAGCGCAUUCACCUUAUGAGAUCAGUGGUUGCCGACAAGGUUCCGCUAGCCGAUUCAAAGAUUUUGCUUGUUGAGAAUUCAAGGAUUGGUUUGCUGAAUGACCUCAUCAGGCUUUCUGUUUUCGACCACCGGCCUUAUAUCGUUCAUCUGCUGAAAUCUUUCUUGCGGGACAAGUUAGAUGAAAUGGUAGCUGCAGCAGAAGCAGCAGAUCUUAUAUCCCAGGAACAACAAGAGAAGGAGAAGAACUUACGGUCAAAGAAAAAUAAACAUAGAAAGAAGAAGGUUGUUGAAGAUGCUGUGGAACCAGAAUCAGCGGAAGAAGAUGCUGUGGAACCAGAAUCUACUAUUUCAAGUGAAACGGCUCGAGUUGAAAUUUCAUCCACCACUGACAAUCAAGAGGAAUCUGCUAAAGAUAUGCGGAUCUUGACUGGAGAAGAUUCAACACUUGAAGAAGGUCCAGCCAUAUGCAAUUUAGCUCUUGGUAUGACGCUGAAGGCCCUCUGUAACAUUAAGGUUCUUAAAGAGUAUUUGGUGCAGAAUCGGCAUUGGUUUCCUGAAAACGUGGAAGAACAAGUCUCUUUUGCACUACAAAAUUUCCUUACUGCUUUUGUCUCGAAUCAGAUAAAAGAAGAGGGACUCUACAGUUACCUCCUUGGCAACUUGCUUGCUUCCUUAGAAGAUGCUCAUUUCAUGUCAAGUAAUGCUGUUGAGCUACUCGUAUCCAUCCUUGAGUUCUGGCCUUGCUGGAAAACUCCCGAACCAGAAAGCGUGGUGACUCAUCUUUUUAAACUGGAAGAAUAUGAAAGAAUGAGUUGUAGCAAAUGCAGAAAGAAGCCAAAUUAUCCUGAGCAAAGUUCUUAUGGUGUUGUUAUGGCUGCAGAUUCAAUCAGAGAGUUGAAGUAUGCCUUUGGGGAUAUAAAGUUUGAGGACAUCCUUAAGGUGAUUCGCAUGGAAGAGAAAAUGUUGUGUGACAUAAAAACUGGAGGCUGUGGAAAGGAAAACUUGGUUCAUCACAUGAUAAGUACAUGCCCUCCCAUCUUCACAAUCGUGUUGGAAUGGGAGAAGGAUGAAAUUGAAAACGAAAUAUCUGAAACAACGAAAGCAUUGGAGUGGGAGAUAGAUAUGAGCAGGGUAUAUGAAGGCUUGCAACCAAACACAAAGUACCGGCUUGUGUCAAUGGUUGGUUGUGGUGAAGACGAAGAACACAUUUGCAUGGCUUUUAAAAAGAACCGGUGGGUCAGUUUCAGACAUGGAGCUUUAGCAAAAAUGGCUGUUGGUAGCUGGAAGAGUGUGGUCAGGUUCUGCGGAGAGAAGAAGAUUCGGCCACAGAUUCUGUUUUAUGAAGCUAACAAGUUACCGAAUUGA